GCCUCUCUGUGCGUGUGCGCGUGUGUCUGUCUGUCUAGCUGUCGAGCUGCUAGCCUGCUAGCUCAGUGCCUCAGUCAUCAGUCAGGCAGUGUGUGUCUCUCUCUUCUCUUCUCCUCUUUUGCCUGCCCUGACCAGCACAGCAGCCGAGCUUGUUUCAUUUCAUUUUCAUCAGGAGAGCUCAGCUCAUCACAUCAUCUUCUUCUGCUUCUUCAACCUUCCAUAUAGCGCAGAGAAAGAGAGACAAGACAGCUAGAGAGAUUCCUUUCCUCCUCCAUUCCAUCUAUCCGCUUGAGAUCGAGGAGGAGGAGGAGGAGGAGGAGGAGGAAGACAACUCGUUUCCAUUUCUGCUUCUGUUCCCAAUUAACCCCAUCCACCACACUCUCUCGCUGUCCGUUAUGUUGAUUAACUGAGAGAAGAAGAGAAGAGCACGCUACGCCUGAUGGAUCCUUCGGCCGUGUGCCGCCUCCACCCGGGCGUCGCCGUCACCGGCUUCUGCCCCGCCUGCCUCCGCGACCGCCUCGCCGGCCUCCAACCGCCCUCCUCCGCCGACCUCCGCCGCUGCAAGUCCUUCUCCUACGCGCGCUCUGCCUCUGCGUUGGAGCCGCAGCGCCGCUCCUGCGACCUCUUCCGCCACCAGCAGCCCAUCGCGGCGGCGGUGCCGGAGGAGCAGGCGGAUUACCAGUAUCAGUAUCAGGAGGAGCCCCAAGCAGAACAAGAAGCAUACUGCUCCUCCAGAAAGUCCUUCCUGGGCAGGAAGCUGCAGCAAUGGCGCCGCAAGAACAAGAAGGAGCCGGCGGCGGAGAUGCCCGGGACGCAGGCGCAGCGGCACCGCCCCUCCUGCGACGUUGACGGCUCCUCGUGGGACGCCCGGUCGGGGCCGGUGCCGGUGCUGGCUCGCCUGCCCGCCACGAUGCUGUCCCUGCCCGUGGAAGAGGACGACGACAUGACGAUGGCGCCGCCGGUCCAGCGCUCCGAUGGGCAAAUCCCCGUCGAGGAAGACUACUACUACUUGGAUGCAUCGGCGGCGGCGGCUCCCGGCGGCACCGCGCAGACGAGGGACUACUACCUGGACUCCUCCAGCUCCAGCAGGAGGCGGCGAAGCGUGGACCGCUCCGCCACCUCUGGGCGCAACUCCUUCUCCGAUGCCAACAACGGCGGCGAGCUGCCCGCCAGCUGGGCGACGACGGCGAUGAAUGCCAACGGCAAUGCCAGGGUCUCGCCGGCCAUCGCCGCAGAGCGGCCGUUGUACCACCACCACUAUCACCAUGAGGAGCAGAGCGUGCUGGUCCACCACCAGUACGACUUCUCCGGGAGCCAUCAAUCUUCUCAGAAGCAGCCUGCUAAUAAGAAGGGGAUCAGGGGGUGGAGCAUCUGGGGCCUCUUACACAAGAAGAGCAGCAGGAAGCAGCAGCCUGCAGAAGCAGCAGCAGGAGCAGGAGAUGAUCGGUACCCGUACCCGUGGCCGGAGCUCCGCGCCAGGGGGUACAACGGGCAGAUGCUCCGGUGCAACAGCAGCAUAAGCGCGCGAAGCUCCUUCAGCGGAGGCGCGGCGAUGAUCGGCGGGAGCGGCAGGAGGAGCAUCUCCGGUGUGGACAUGCGCGAUCCCAGAGAUGGCCAUGGCGGCGGCUUAUUAUCGGAGAGGAGGACGAGGAGGGACGAGGUCCUGCUGGAGAGGACAAGGUCUUCUUCCUACUCGAGAUCAGGGCAUGGCCUUGAACCUGCAACUGCCAUGGGAGUCCACCACCACCAGUUGAGCAGCCGGCCGCCCAACAUUCCCAGGCGUUCCUCUUCCAAACAUGACUUGAGCUCGAUGCACAGGAGGAGUACGAUUGGACUCUAGUGAGUCUGCUGGCUGCUGAUCGAUUAUUCCGUCCUCAUAGGCAUAGUUUCUUCUGGCUGACAAGGCGGGCCAUUUAGCUAGCGGUGAAGUGGUGGUCAUUGUGUUUUGGUUUAUAGUCUAGCAGGUGUUACAUUACAUAUACACACACAAUCCAGUACUCUACAUCUACAUAGCAGGGCCUUACUACUUAUUGUAUAUUCACAACCUUUUGUUCUUCAAGAUUUCCAUGCUUUGUUCUUCCCCAUUUGAAUUCAAGCACGGCCUCGAGCGAAGGCGAGGAUGCAGAGA